CCUGUUGCCAGAGCGGCGGCGAUCACGAGCGUCCAGAACAUCGCGAAUCGAAGUCUCGCUCGAUCGUCCCGUCGUCUCCCGAUGAAAGCGUGUGGACAAACCACUUGACGACCCAAAAGAACGACGUAUUUCCCUCAGCCAGGUAGCGUCGACUCCAUUUUGUUGACGCCCCGAGUCGUCUUCCCUGAAGGAGGGAAGUCCCUGAACGCAUCACUCCUGCCCGCAGAUGGCCUUCUCCACUGCCACGCUGGCAGAAGGCUGCUUCGGGAAGGUGUACAAACAGAAGUACAACGACACCUGGGCGGCCGUCAAGAAGGUCCCGCAGCAUCUCAUCGCCCAAAAGGAUCUGGAGAGAGAGUACGAGGUGUACAAAAAAGCCAACCACCCGAACAUUGUGAAGCUGCUGGGGAAGAUCCACCACCAAGAUAAACAUUGGAUCAUUCCACUGGAGUUCAUCUUUGGAGAGAACCUGGAGACCACCAUCUUUAAUACCGCCAAAUCCAAAAUAAAGCUAACCCCUGCUAAUAAAGGCAAAAUCAUUGUGGGCAUGUGUGAGGGACUACUGCACCUCCAUGCCCUAGACAUCGUCCAUCAAGACCUCAAGCCUGAUAACAUCAUGGUGGAACACGACACCAACCGGGCCAUCAUCAUCGACUUGGGCUUGGCCAAGUUCUUCCGCUGCGGCCUCAACUCGGCGAUCGACAUGGGCAACGAGGCGUACUCGGCGCCCGAGGUGCUGCAGAGGCGCAGCCAGCGGGACCAGCGCUCGGACGUGUGGGCCAUGGGGAAGAUCAUCGCCGAGCUGUGCGCCCGCGUCCGCCUGCACACCCUCACCUUUGGCCCCGGAAAGGUCCGCGAGGUCAUGCCCGAGCAGCCCUACUGCCAGGCCGUGUGCCGCAUGGUGGAGGCCAACCCCGUGAGAAGGGCCUCCAUUGUGGGCGUCAUCACGGACAUAAGGGCGGCCGUGGCCACGAACCGCCUCCGUCCGCCUUCGACGCACGGCCACCCGAGGAAUCGCUCUCUCUCCCCCUCGCCUCUCAACCGGGAGAGAGGAGCGUUCCCGUUCAACGAGCCAAAAAACAAACCGCCGUCCCCGUUCAACGAGCCAAAAAACAAACCGCCAUCCCCGUUCAACGAGCCAAAAAACAGACCGCCGUCCCCUUUUCAGAGAGACCUGUCUCCGGUCAACACGGAUCUCCCCCGGCUGGGAUGGGAGCGCAGCUCGAGAACGCAACUCCAAGUCGACCGCCCCCGGUCAGGAACGCCGUCGCCCAAAAGGCCGGAGGUCCGCGUCAACGGCCGCCAGGAUCUGGUCGCCGCGGCCGUUCAGGACCUGACCGAAGGCGUGCUGAAGAUAGCUUUGUACGAGGAGGCCGCCCGGGAGCUGUGCUGCAAGCUGCCCACCACCGGCCGUGUGACGGUGCAGCACUACGAGGAGAACGGCGGCGUGGGCACGUGGGCGCAGAAGGAGGUGGUGACGCGCGACGGGAAGAUCAUCAAGUACAACGACAUCACCUAUAACAAUCAAUAAUAUGGUACACAAAGCUCAUUCUGAUCGUGUUACAGUGUU